GACAGGCAACAUCAACGCCGUCUCUGCGCACAUCUAUCUCCCUCUAGUGGAAGAAAAGCCUCGGAAAAUCAGCAAAGCGCACCAAGCUCACAAAUAUUGCGAUGAUUAAUAGAGAAGGAAUGUUGUCCAGCUGUUCUAUCCACUCAAGAAUGGCAAUGGAGAUCUACUGAAUGCUAAGACUGCCUUGAGGAAUCAAGUUCUCACUGUAUUUUGAACAGUUCUUUCAUUGGUUGUGCCAGGGAAGGUGCAGGUUGGAUAUAAAGAAUUUCUUCUGCAUGAGAGUGAACAGACACUGAAACGAGCUGCCCUGGGAGGCAGUGGAGUCAUUACAGUCCCUGAAGGCUCUCAAUAAACGUGGUGAAGAACUUCACCAUAAGGAAGCAGGCAACGCAGCCACCACAUGCCGACACGUCCAUCACCACAGCAGCGCCGCCUCCCGCCGCCCCCAUUAAUGGCGGCACGGAGCCGAGCCGCAACCACCUUCCUGUGAGGGAGGAAAUGACGCCGAUGGAGUUUCGUUUCCGCUUGGAGUUGUGAGGGAGCCGAGUGGUGGGGCUGCAGACAUGACCAGGUGGGCCCGGAAAGUGUCCGCUGCGGGCGGCAGGGCGCUGAAAUCCACCCCGUGGGAGGAGAUGGCUGCGGGACCUGUGGAGAGCGGGGCCGGGAGGAGGAAUAAAAGGAAAAAAGCCUACCAGAACGAGGACGUCAAUGGGUUUGCGGCCUACCUGGAGCAAGCGGGGAAACACCGGGGGAACGAGGAGGAGGAGGCGGUGGCGCUGAAGAAGGAUCGUCGGAGGGAGAGCAGGAGGCUGAGGAGGAGGGAGGCGAAGAAGAACGCCAUGGUAUGUUUCCACUGCAGGGAACCUGGCCAUGGUGUUGCUGAUUGUCCAGCUGUACUGGAAAGUCAAGAUAUGGGUACAGGAAUCUGUUACCGGUGUGGAUCCACAGAGCAUGACAUUGGCAAAUGCAAGGCAAAGAUAGACCCAGCUGCUGGUGCAUUUCCAUAUGCAAAAUGUUUUAUCUGUGGUGAGAUGGGACAUCUAUCGAGGUCAUGUCCUGACAAUCCCAAAGGAUUGUAUGCUGAAGGUGGCUGCUGCAGACUUUGUGGCUCUGUGGAGCACUACAGAAAAGACUGUCCGGAAAACCAGAACUUAGAUCAGGUUACAGUUGGGCGAUGGGCUGCUGGAAUGAGUGCUGAUGAUGAAGGAACUACAGAAACACCAACGCUGCAGAAACCCAAAGUGAAAGUACUGAAAGUUAUUAAUUUUUGAAAGCCUCUUCUGGGUGCUGAAUUGCAGUGGUUGUACACUGCUUCACUUCGGUGUAGUGACUGCAGAGAGUGGAUUGCUGCUUCCUGAAAACCAAGCACACUGCUGCUGCUGGGUUGCAUCCCUACUUUUAUUCAGUUCAAUUCAUAGACCCGUCCAGCGUGCUGAAAACCUGGGAACAACAGAAGUGCAUCAAGGGGAUAUUUUAUCUAUUUUUAUGUUUUGUUUUGGGUUUUUUUUUUGUUUUUUUUGUUUGUUUGUUUGUUUUUUUGUUGUUUUUUUUUUGCAGGAAAGCUUUCCAUCUGCUAAUUUUCUAAAGAGGGAAACUGGUUUCCUCUGCUGACAUGCAGUAUGGUUGCAAUGAAAGCAGAGAGUUACGUGCAUUUUGUCACAAGGCUUUAUGACCACUGGAUUUUGGUGGUCAGUAGUGUUACAUUAAGGUGUUGAUGUACUGAAGAUGAAUACAGUUACGCUGAUGUUAA